AGGAGAGGCGGGAAGGAGGGAGGGCCGCGCUCCGCCGCCGGCGGCGCAACAUGGCAAAGGGACCCCAGCAAGGGCCAGGGCGGCCUCCAUCAGCCCCUCAGGGGAAGCAGGGCCACCCCAGCUCCCGGAGGCUCCCUCCCGGCUGCGGCCACGCUGCUACCGUCGCUUUCCAGGAGCCAUGUGCACGACCAGGCUCUUCACCCUGGUGCUGGUGGUGCAGCCGCCCCGCGUCCUGCUGGGCAUGAAGAAGCGGGGCUUUGGCGCCGGGCUGUGGAACGGCUUCGGGGGCAAGGUGCAGCCGGGGGAGAGCAUCGAGGAGGCUGCUCGCAGGGAGCUCCUGGAGGAGAGUGGACUGACUGUGGACACCUUGCAGAAGAUGGGUCAGAUCACGUUUGAAUUUGUGGGCAACCCUGAACUCAUGGAUGUCCACAUUUUCCGGGCAGAUCAUUUUCAUGGAGAGCCAACAGAAAGUGACGAAAUGCGCCCACAGUGGUUUCAGCUGGAUGAGGUGCCAUUCAAGCACAUGUGGGCAGAUGAUAUCUAUUGGUUUCCCCUGGUGCUUCAGAAAAAGUUGUUUCGUGGCUAUUUUAAGUUCCAGGGACAAGACACUAUCCUGGAGCACACCCUGAAAGAAGUGGAGGAAGUUUAAGAAAACGGAAGUAUCCAGCCCGCAUGCUGCUGCCCACAUUGGGCUAGGACACCAUGAGUACUACUUACAAGGGUCUCCUUUCUCAACUCUCCAGCAAAGGAGACUUAUUUGCCAGGUCACUGGGAAGUAAGGAAAACAAGGGGGUUUCCCGAGAGCAGAAAUACAAGUAAUGAGAUUUUCCAUGUUGUGAAGUCCCUGGCUGUGGUAGACUUCAGUGGUUACGCAUUGCAGCUAUUAAAAACUUAAGUGUUAACCCUUCA